AUGCCACUAGCAUCGCUCAAACAGCUCUGUCUAAACAGCUGCAGCAAACACAUCAGACGUCUAGACUCUCUCGGUGAUGAAGGGUUGCUGCCUGUUGCUGUGAUUGCUCAGCUCCUCAAACACGUCUUGCCAGAUCACCUACUGAAGCUUGAAGAACGAUCACCGUGGCUUGCACAGACCGCUGAAGCACAGGCUGCGUGGCAAGCGCAUGUACUGCGGGUGUUCCCAAGGAGUGGUGAGGAGUAUGAAUUGGGUGAUCCGCAGCUCGAUUGGCGUGCUGCGUAUCAGAUACUCUUGCGUGAGCGAUCCGUGAAGGAGGCUGCGAGUCGUGCGCGGUUACGGGAGAAGUAUAUGGACUUGGAUGCACGGAAGAGUGGGAAGCAGAUCAAGACGCUGGAGAAGGUGCCGCGUGUAGUGAGUGGACGUGGUAGUGCUAGCAGUGUGGUGAAGAAGGGAGGAUUGAUGGGUAAGGCGAUGAAAGGUGCGGUGAGCGCAUCGCUGCGUGUGCAUGCUGGGAGCAGGAAGGGCAGACGGGCGUGA